AUGUCGCCUUACGUGCCUCUACUUGUGCAGGUUUUGGCGUGGUUCUUCGCGGACGCAGCAGCGGCCCAUGUUAUCGCUGGACAACACUACCAAUGGACCCCGAUGAAGAAUGCGCACCAGCCCUCGAAGGAACUCAACCACUGCGCAACUAGAUCACUGCCAGUGGCGUCAACGAUGCUGUGCCACGUGGACUUCGUCGACUGCGCACCCCCGUGGAGCACGUUGACGUCCUCCGCCUCCCCGAUAGCAAGCUGCCCGGAGCAUAUAAAAGCAAGGGCCAUGGUCUUGACCUUCAGUGGACACGGCAGCACUGCCGUGACGAUGUCGCCUUACGUGCCUCUACUUGUGCAGGUUGGUGAUCGAAAGUAUGGUUUUCGUAGUAACUGUACCUGCCUGAUUGUGCUGCCGAGUCCACACACUGUUCUUGGUUGCUUAAACGACUGUGUUUCAGUUGUAAGCCUGUUACUGAAGUUGUCCGGUGACGUGGAGGAAAAUCCUGGGCCCGAGGUUGAAAAAAUGCUGGAGGAAAUAUUAAGUAACCAGAGUAAACUACUAGCUAAAGUUAAUGAAAUUCAGGCCAAGCAGUCAUCUACGGAUGCCAGCAUUUUCGACAUGCAUGUUAGGCUCCAGACUAUUGAAAAACAACUUGAAGGGUUGGGUGAAACACAGAACCGGCUUACUAUGAUAGAAUCAAGUGUUGGUCGCCAUGACAGUGAAUUGACGGCUCUUGCCAGGCAGAUCGAUGACUUAAAUAAUCGUUCUAGACGCAACAACCUUAUUGUACGCGGAGUGGAAGAAGAAAAAUCUGAGGAUGAGGCAGUACUCUUAAGUAAGGUGAAUGACGAUAUCUUUGACAAAUUACUUGGCUCAAAGUGUAGCUCCAUUGAGAGAAUUCACCGUCUAGGAAAGAAAAUACCUGAAAGAAGCCGUCCGGUCAUCUUGAAAGUAGGAGACUUCAGGGACAAAACCAAAAUACUGAAAAACUGCCGCAACCUCAAGGGGACACAAUUCAGUAUCAGCGAAGAUUACUCUAAACGAGUAGUUGAAAUCAGAAAACAACUAUGGAUUUCAUCAGCGGAUGAAAGAGCAAAGGGAGCAAAGGUUAAACUAAUCAUCGAUAAACUGAAAGUAAACAACGUUCUCUAUGGCUGGAAUGAGGCUACCAAAGAGCGAUUCAGGUAUGCUAGCCCAGGUUUCACCAGCUCUGACUGACGCAAAUCGAGACCAACAGCAUCUGUUAAGGUUAUUAAUGUAAACGCCAGAAGUUUGCUGAAUAAAGCUGAUGCAGUUGAAGCCGCAAUCCUGGAGCAUGAACCGGAUAUAAUGGUCGUAACAGAGACUUGGUUACAUACGGAUGUAGCAGAUUUCGAAGU